CAGCAGCAGCACCAAUACCUCAGAAGCCCAUCCCCUAGCGUCCGUGCUGGGAAUGUACCGUGUAUGCGCAUGGGCGGAGAAACUGCCGCUGUGCGCUGUUAUUAUUGUAAGAGUAAUUUCUUUUUUUCUUUUUCUUUUCUUUUUUUCUUUUUUUUUCUUUUAAAAAAUGGCGUCCAGUCAGGGAGGCGUGGGAGCUGUCACCGCUCUACAAAGCCAUCACUAUCCCACCGGACCUCACUGGAGCCCGGGCAUCACACCGUUCCAGCAGCAGCACCACACGGCCCGAAGCCUGGACCGGGCUCUGGAGGAUGCCGUGUGCUCGGGGAUACUGAACCUGAGCGGCAGGAAGCUGAGGGAAUACCCGGGGAUGAGCUACGAUCUCACCGAUACAACACAAGCAGAUCUGUCUAAGAAUCGGCUCACAGAAAUCCCCCCAGAAGUGUGUCUGUUUGCCCCCCUGGAGUCACUCAACCUCUACCACAACUGCAUUAAGUGCAUCCCAGAAGCUAUUAUCAAUCUGCAGAUGCUGACUUAUCUGGACAUCAGCCGAAAUCUUCUGACAGUGUUGCCGAAAUACCUUUUCAACCUUCCCCUGAAGGUUUUGCUUGUGAGCAACAACAAGCUUGUGUCCAUCCCUGAAGAGAUUGGCAAGGCCAAAGACUUAAUGGAACUGGACGUGAGCUCAAACGAGAUCCAGGCACUGCCCGCUCAAGUGGGAAAGCUUCAAGCCUUGAGAGAACUCAACAUCAGGAAGAACAGUCUUCACAUGCUGCCUGAUGAGUUGGCUGACCUGCCUCUCAUCCGACUUGACUUCUCCUGCAAUAAGAUCACAGAGAUUCCUCCAGCCUACGGGAAGCUGAGGCAACUGCAGCACAUCAUCCUAGACAAUAACCCUAUGCAGUCUCCACCGGCACAGAUUUGUCUUAAAGGCAAAGUGCACAUAUUUAAGUACCUGAACAUGCAGGCUUGUAGGAUGGAUAAGAAACCAGACACCCUGGACCUCCCCUCCCUUGGCAAGCGUUGCCUACCGCAACCACUAACAGAUAGCAUGGAAGAUUUUUACCCAAGUAAAAACCACGGUCCUGACUCUGGAAUUGGUAGUGACAAUGGUGACAAGAGGCUGUCUACAACAGAGCCUUCAGACGAUGACACCGUUAGCCUGCACUCUCAAGUUUCAGAGACAGCCCGUGCCGACGCCCUGUCACUCCUCUCCAAAAUGGACUCUUGCAAAGAUCAGGAUCUCUAUGACUUUAUAGAGCCCAACCCGGACGAGGAUCCUGCUCUGUCAGAGUGCAAUGGGCAGCAAAGCAGUCAUGUGUCUUGUAUAAAGGAACUGGAGAAAGUUCUUCACAUGUCUCACCAAAGCAAAGAUAAAGACAGCUGGAAAGAGGAGUCAGGUUCUGAUAAGGAGCAGCUAGCUGAGGAAGAAGACGAUGAGCUGAAGGAAGUGCUUGACCUGAGGAAGAUUGCUGUCCAGCUUCUGCAGCAGGAGCAGCAGAACAGACGACGGUCCUUAAUUUGCAGAGCCGAAAGUCUAAUUCACAGGAGGAGAGUGACCGGCCGGGCACACAGAUUCCUCAGUCACUCUGGAAGCUCCGGCAGCAAACCGAGGCUCACACCUCAGACUGCUCGCAGUGCCUCUUUAGAUGAAGGAAGCAGUGGAGCGUCAGUGCUGAGUGGGCAGCCCUCUUCCUCCUGCUCCUUUGAUGGCUGUCUGAAGACAGAUCAGUCCGAUUCAGAGCCAAAGUGGCCGGAGAUCCCACCUGUCCUCAAUCAGAAUGAAGAUCGCAGGCGGAACAAGUAUCUACGAAAAGAUUAUCUGAAGUACAAAUGUCAGAGUGCUCGCAAAAACUCGAGUGGCAACGAAGACGCUGAGGAGGGUUUGCGCAACACUGAUUUCAGCACUACUCUGACAGUGUUUGGACUUAAGCCAAGAUCAGCCUUCACCAGAGGAAGCCGUCAGGAGAUCAGCUCUACAGACCCGAGCUUCACGAUGAGAAGGAAGAUGGAGCACUUGAGAGAGGAAAUGGAGCAGAUAGGACUGUUACGACAGAACAUUGAGUCCAGGCUGAAGGUGUUGCUUCCGGAUGAUGUUGGAGCAGCUCUAAUGGACGGAGUUGUCCUUUGCCAUUUAGCUAAUCAUAUCUGUCCUCGGUCUGUCGCCAGCAUCCAUGUACCAUCUCCUGCAGUGCCAAAGCUUAGCAUGGCCAAAUGCCGGAGAAACGUGGAAAACUUCUUGGAUGCCUGUAAGAAGCUGGGUGUCCCACAGGACAAGCUGUGCCUGCCGCAUCACAUCCUAGAAGAACGUGGCCUAGUGAAGGUGGGUGUGACUGUGCAGGCUCUGCUGGAUCUCCCCACGUCUAAGCCCACGCAGCUCUCGACUGUUUGACACGAGCCUCAGUUUUGCACUCGUGCAGGAUCACCUCUCUCCCAAGCCCAAACCUUCUUCCUUAUUACCAGGGACCAGAGAGCCCAGUAGGGCGAGGACACAGUGGCCCCAUGGGUCUUUUGGAGUCGACUUUUGCCUGACUGAAACAGGAGACAAGAUGUCUAAAUGCUUCUGUCUCUUCAUAUGAUGUCAGCUACCACUUACCUCUUUUCCAUCACAUUUUCACUCUUAUGCUGUUCCUAUUACUGGGGUCAUCCUGGAUGUGUGUUUUCUAAGGUGCUGAGCUAAAACUUGCAGAAGAGACACACACAACGGUCAAUCUAAGACAUUAAAGGCUUGUGCGUCCUUCUUUCUAGUCACUGAGUCUGCGAGUGUCAGCACUGACCAUACUGGAAGUGAGGAAAUGACAGACAUAACUCACUCUUUCACUGGAAAGGACUAGGCUGCCUCUGCUGAGUGACCUUAUUGGGUAUUUACACUUGGGUUGCUCUUCUUACUUGUGAAAUUUAUUUUCUCAGUGAAUUUUUUCUUGAUUUUUUUCCAUGGUUUUACAUAGUCUUCAUCAGGCAUGCAAGGACGAAAUCCUGUUUUGAGCAGCUAAGCCUAAUUCAUCAAUUGUUUUGUUUUUGUAAUGCAUUUAGAUAGUGCUUUUUGAAAGCCAGUGUAAUCUAGGAAUGAAUUUAAUGUUAUUAUCAUGCAGACAGAGGACUUUCCGCCUGUUUUUCUGGUGCAGUUUCAACACCUUUCAACCAUAAAUCACAUCUGCAUGCACCAGGGGACUUGACAUUUGACCACUGUGAUAAUACGAACUUGGCUUUUGCCAAAAGCAUGAUAUCUUGUUUUGUACUGUAGCAUUUUUUCACUGUGUUUUUUUUUUCAAACUCUAGGCCAUUCUCGAUUUUACCUUUUCUGAAGCUUUUGAUACUUUGCUUCCAGCUGUUGCCAGUUAAUACUUGCCAUUUAUGUGAAAUUAGCAGCUCAGAUCUGCUGUAUUGUUUAUAUUCUAUGUGAAUAUUGUUUGUGAACGGCUGACUGAUGGGCGCCUGGAUCCGAAAAUGGUUCAGGGUGCCCGUACAAACUUCCCACGCACGGUACGGUCUUAUUUUCCCACUAAGCCAUCCUGUUUAGUGUGGUUUCUAAUACACUUUAUUUCAGGGAAAUUCAAUUAUUUAUCUAUUUAUUUACUUGUUUUAAUUGUGUAAAUUUUUGAUUUGUGUGUUUCUGUCCUCACUACCUGCCCACAUGCAAUUGAAGAUGUUUAUCUCAUGUUUUUCCAGCAAAUGGAAAAUGACUAAAAGCUUUUAACUUUGGCACUAUUCUGUUCCACAUGGUGGAUCUGAGAGUUCAGUUCACUGCCACAUGAAAAAACACACGCAAACAGACAAAACACAAACCAGAAAUUGAAACCAUAAACUAAUCAAGAGUUCUGAAGAGUCAUUUUCUUUCUUUCUUUAUUUAUUUUUUGUCAACCUUACUUCUCAGACCAUGAUUUACAGCCAUGGCUAAAAGGAAGUACACCAUCUAUCAUUUCUAUAGUUAGCAGGAUCAUACCAGGAUGUAAUUUUAAAAAAGUAUAGUUCUUUUCAGGUCUAAAACUGAAAUAACCCUAAGGACACAAUACAAUAUUAUUUAACAAAAAAGACGCCAGAGUGCAGAGGCACUGUGUGAAAAGCUAAGUACACUAAAUGAUUCAGUAGCUUGUAGAACCACGUUUAGCAGCAAUAACUUGAAAUAGUGGUUUUGUGUGUGGCUUUAUUCAUUUCUGAGAUCAUUGUGAAGGAAUUUUGGCCCACCCUUCUUUACACGCCACAGGAUUUCAGUCAGGUUGAGGUCUGGGAUUUCUGUUGUAGAUUCACUUACAUGACCCGGUUUUGGCCAAGCUUUAGCUUUCGGACAGGUGGCCUCACAAAAUUGACUCUAGAGUACUUUGGUAUAUAAGCAAAACAAGCCCAAGUCAUCACUCCUCUUCCACCGUGCUUUUGAACAGUUUAAGGUAUGAGACGUUUGAGUUAGCCUCAUCUUAUCGUAUUUGCUUUUUGCCAAAUGUGGUCCACUUUAGUCUCAUCUGUUCAAAGGGCAUCGUUCAAGAAGUCUUGUGGGUUGCACACAUGCAACUUUGCAAACCUAAGCUGUCUGCCAUGUUCUUUUAAAAGCAGAGGGCUGCUUCUGGCAAGCCUUCUAAACAAACUAUAUGUGCGGCAUAAAGUUGUUGCCACUUAGGAUCAUUGUUGAUGUCUCCUUGGCAUUCAGUAAGUACAUACCUGAGUGCUCCAGACCAGGAAACUGUCAAAGCAUCUACUUUUAUAGAGGAGCUUAGGAAUAAUAAGCAUGGACUUAGUUUUUCACUCACUUCUUCUGCAUUAAGGCUUACUUUUUGUUAAAUGAAUAAUUAUAUGGUGUAUAUAUUGUUGUUCAUCUCCAGAUGUGCUUACCUCAUUUUAAGACCUGCUGCAGACAGAUUUAAUAUAUUAUGUCCUAACGUGCAAAACCUUAGUACAACACAGGGGUUGUACUUUCUUUUUACAAUGACUGUGUAUGCACUCUAUGUUUAAAACAUGGUGGAGUUUAAAUUAAAACCUAAAGCGAGGUUAAUGAUUGGAUUUGCAUUAAACAGCUUACUGGAAAAAGACUACAAGAUCUACUAAAUACGGGCUAACGCGACAUCCCUAAGCACUUCAUAGGGCCAGGAUACCCAGUUUCCUAAUCUGACAGAACAGGUGCAGUUUUUAAAAAGAAACACUGCACUUAAAGAAAAGUAGCUAAAUACAAGCUGCAGACAUCUGUUAAGGCGCAGUAGUUUGCCCUAGUAAACAAAGAGAAAACUUGGUUAAUGAUUGGUAACUGACUUCACUAACUUCGGGUUUCUUCACUCGCAGCCAUUAGAAACAAAGUAUGAUGACCUAGUUCACACAACAUACUCACACAAUAGCUUUCAUGCAGCCAACAGCCACAGACUUCACUGAAGGCUAAUUGCUUCUAAAUUUGCAUGCUGAUAUGACACCAGUUAAAUUACUUCUGGCAGACAAGUCUUUCAUAGUGCAGCUAUGGCAGUCUCUUGUUUAAACAAGGUCUCUCUUUUUACCACAGAAACAAGUUGACAGGGUGAUUAGAGCAGAGUGAUGUCUGGUGAAUAUGUGGCGGAUCAAAAAGCCAUCCUUUUUUGGUGAGCCUUAGCUUUACUAGCUUAAAGAGGCUAAAAACUAAUGUGAAAAAACAUCUGAGACUGGGUUAGAACAUGUAGAACUACUGUGCCUCAGAGGAGGGAUAGCUUUAUUUAUUUGUUUGUUGAGUUGUAGGUUAACGUCUCUGUACAGGAUGAUUUAUGUUGUUGUUAACUUAAACAGCUUCUGUGCUGAUGAGCUGCAUCUCCGAUUGGCCAUCUUACUUGUGGAGACUUUGCUCAGAUGCAGUGGUCAAACUUCAUGAAAGGAAGUUGAGAGACUUGCACUUCUGGUUUGAUUCCAGGAUACGAGCGUGCGUGCCAAAUUCUUGGUUUCCAUGUUACUGCUUUUCACCUCACGUUAAUAACCCCAGUGUCUCAAUUUGAAUGGUGUUCAUGAGAACCUCUGCUUCCUCUGAAUAGGCUGUAUUUUUUUUUUUCCCCACUGAUGCUAUGGCGUCAUGUUCCAGAGAACAGAUAUCACAGAGAUAAAAAUUAAGCUUCCAGUUUAUCAGACCUUGAGUGUAAAAUAUGCAUAAACCAUCACAGAAUCUCAGGUCGCACAUUUUACUUAUGCAGAUAACUUUGAGUUUAUAUGAAUGACUGUACUGUUGGUCACUGGGUGAUGUUUCCUGGUGUGUCAUUUGGAAUGUGGUAGUUGUUCUUUUUCCUGCAGGGCUCUAGGUAACAAGCAAAGCAAGCAGCAGUCAGUGAGCUCUCUUUUAAAGUAUCUACUGUAUGCAUUCACCAAACGUAUUGCCGUGCAGAAUCCUUUAUCCUGAAACACAAUCAAAUGUAACAUCUGAAAAAUAAUACAUAAAAAAAUAAUAUUACACUGUGGUAGCCUAACAGGAGCUUUGGGGGUAUAUCUGAUGGUAGCUUUCUAACUUCUUAUCUUUAAACGAUAAGAAUAACUUGAUACCUGAACUUACCUUUGGGUUAUUUAGCUGUAGAUACUGUUACAAAUGUUAACAAUGGUGCAGAACUUUAGCUAAGAAUGUGUUGCGUCAUCUCUGUCUUUUACAUUACUGCACAUAUUCUGUUGUUUUAAAUAAUGCAGUUGCUCUCAUAUUUGAGGUCCUUUGUGUGAAAAGCGAAAGGAAGAAUAGAAUUUGUAAACAAACUAGAGUGCAUUUUCAUAAUUUUGGGUCUCGUGAAGACUGUCUGGGACUGGGACACAUAGUGUGUUGUAUAUCUUACCGCAUAGACAAUGUCUUGUGGCUUUAAUUAUUAUUACCUGGUUACUGAUGUGGUUUUCCAUGGGAUUCGACUGAGAUCUUCAGAUUAUAGUGACUCAUACAGGUGAAGGAAUAUAAACAGGAUGAUUUUCUCUCCUGUGGGGAAAAGAGGUUAAACCACCUGAGAUAAGUGUUACCCUCUGCUAAGGCAGGAAAAUAUGUGCAUCUACAAGUCAUAAAACAUUCAGUAAUUGCAAAUUAAAAGUUCACCACACCUUGUGGAAAAAGCCACUUUCAUAUAAAUCCAGCUGAAAACAAAACCUCACACACCCUCAGAGUUCUUUGUCCUCAAGACAUUGAGAGAUUAGCACGAGGCAGGCCUUACCCCUUGUGUAUUUUAUUUAUUUCUAAUAUCCAUAGUAACGCAUAUUGUAUUGACAGGUGUGUCUCAUUUCCUAAGGGCUGCAAUUCAAGUAAAUAAUACUUUCAUAUAAAUCCAAUUGGACACAAAACCUCAGUGGUGUUUUAAGUGUUUGCGAUUUAGACUGAAUUGAACUGGUGUUGGACUCUAACUCUGCGUGUAGCUUCUGUGAGUUGUUGUAGAAAGCAAGGGAGAGCAGCAACUUGACCUCUGUUAUCUCUUUCUGCAAUAUACUUGUGUCAUCACCGCACCGCUCGCAAAGACAUGGCACAUUACCUUUUCAUUCAUCUAAACCAAGUACCAAUGAAUUGCCCUGAAUUCAUUUCUGGAGAGUAUCUUGUCAUCGAAGUGUUUCUCCAUAGCAUAUUUAUUUCUCGGUAUUUGAGAAAGAGACGUGACAUUUUCUGGCAUUUGACGGGAGCUUUAACCCCCCUCCCCCCAUCUGUACUCAGUGUAUGGAUUUUCAUUCUGACUGAAUUCAUUUCUGUGACAUUGUAUGUUUAGCGGUUGUUAGUAGACCUUUAUUUAAAAGUCUUGAAAGUAAAUCUGUGUGUUUAACGUUGAAAUCUGCGCACCUGUUUGUACUGCCCAUGAAGUAAUCCUUGCUCUGACAGUUUCUCAAGUUCAACCAAAGAUAAGGCUUGGGUGGGCUAACAACAUACGAGUUUUAUUGUGAAAUUUCCACUUUAUCGUUCAGUAUCUUUUUGUUGAGCUGUAAGGAGUAAAGAACACAAAGAGGACACUGCACGAUAAGAUUAGAAGAAGAAGUGCACGAUCCCUCUGGCCCUUUAGCUUGGGCCUACCUUAAGGACUUUAAUCUCCAUUACUUUAGCAGGGAUUUUUUCAGAGCAAGCACGGACUGGAGGAACUAAUUGUAGGGCCUGAUUUCUCUUAACAUAUAUGAAUAGUGUUCAAAAGCAGGCGUUCAGCAAAGGUGAACAUGAUCUUUCUUGCACUGUUUGGAAGCGUGAAAAUGUCUUUUUCUAUACCUAUUGCUUGAUGAAUGUCUCUCAUCAUUAGUGAACAUUGUGUUACCUCAGCAACUUUUAUUUUGAAUGUUUCUUAUUAGGCCCGGGGGCAGGUUUAUGUGUUUCUAUAGAACGGCAAUGUACAGGAUGUUUUGGAAUAAUGGGAAAGUCCCUGUGCUGCAUACUCACUGAACCGUCUGCAAUAUGUAGAAUUCAUAUUCAUGAAAAGACAGUGGUGCUGAUUUUUAUUUUGUAAUUUUGUAUGUAAUAAAUCCAUUGCCGUGCCUAAGUAUCUGUUAUUGGUUUAAUUGGUUAUGCUCACCAUGAUUUAACAUCUCACAAGUCUCGUUAGGAGAAAACAGUGAAAUAGUGAGUUAUGUCUAAAUGCUACACUGCCGAGAGAAUUCACAAUUCAUGUACAUAAUCUGUUAUUUUUUUUUAUUAAAAACUGGUCUGACGCAUGCAAGACUACAAAAUCACUGAAGCUAAACCUGUGUACAUAUCAUCUGUGUAAAUUCCAAGGUUUUCUUAUAGCGAACAUGCUGAAUAUAAAAAUAAAGUGAAAUUCUUUGGAGCUCA